AUGGCCGCUCUGAGAGCUUGGUUUCUUUGGACUGCGCUGUGGACAGCACAAUGUGCUUCGUAUGCCAUCCCCGACAAUAAUACUAGAGGUAGCAGCAACACAUCACCCGCGGAUGCAUUAUCUCCUCUCGUACGUCGGGAGGAAUCUUCCACGGUCUCCUUGGGCUUUGUCCAACGCUGGGCAACCAUAGGCGACUCAUUCACAGCGGGAAUCGGGUCGGGACAACGACAAGGCCGCUUCUUCUCAUCCGACUGGCAGUGCUCCCGCUACUCGCACAUAUGGCCCUACCUCGUCAACAUGUACAUUGGUUCUGCCUCCAAGGACUUCCAGUUCCCCCCGUGCAGCGGCGCCCGCUCGCAGGGCGUCUACCAGCAGGCCAAAGACCUCGCGGGCAACCUCGACGUGGUGAUGCUCACGGCGGGAGAGAGCGCCUGCGCGGCUGUGAUCAACAAGGCCCAAGAAAAUAUCGAUACUAUUCUCAAGCCCAACUUGCGUGAGAUCCUCGAGGCCCUUGCGCCCAAGAUGCGAAGCGACAAGAAUGGCAUUGUCGUCUACAACAGCUACGCCCCUUUCUUCGAAACUGACAGUGAGGAUUGCGCGACAAACGAGCAAUGGACCAAGCCUGAGUGGCAGGCGUGGGAAUUUUGGAACUUGGCCCGCAACCUACUCCCACUGACCGCCGCCCGCCGCCAGCGGUUCAACCAGCUGGUCGACAGCAUCAACAAGGCUAUCUGA